AUGCAGAAUCCUUUAACUUUUUCUGCAGGUGGUGGUUUUUUGCAUACUAAUCCUGCAAAGAAACAUUGUGUCCAACAAAGUAUGCUGGGUCAGCAAAAACAAGAAACUUGUGCUGGAAAGACAGUAUCCACAGAUAAACACAAGUCCCCUUCAGAUAUAAUACGAAGUUUUCAGAAGAAAAGUCAGUUUAGGACCAUUGCUCCAAAAAUGGUACCAAAAAUUUUAUCAUCUGGAGUGAUUUCUUGUCUUCAGUCAUCUUCGCCUGAGCAAAACACACCGAUUUCAGCUGCAGGUUCUAAACCACUGGUGGUACCAACUCAAAACUACGCUGUCAUGCAGGUGGCUAGUCACGAGGGGACUUUUUCUCUGUUGGCCUUGCCUGUUGCCCCUGCCCUAACACAGCACGUCCAGCAGUCAAAUGUGGCCCCUUCAGAAAACAUAAAGCUGCCUAUCCCUAGGUACCAAUCUGUAAGAAAGAAAUUGCUGAGUGACAAAAAAACAGCGCAGAUCUCUGGUUUGGGCACAUACAACAAGAUUCCCACCAAAGCAUCAAUCUCAUCACAGACUUCCCCUGUGACUACCUUAACUGAAGACUGUCCUGAAACUCGUUCUAGUUCGGGUUCAGCUGAUCAAGUGAUGCUGACAGACCAUGACUCAGCAAAAAUUACGGUUGCCACAUUAGUAAAUAAAAGCAAUUGUGUGGGAUCUGGGUCUCCCUUAGUGAACAAAAUUGAAAUUGCUAACGGUAAUGUUUCUGGAUCAUCUGUAGUUAAAGGCUCUUUAUCCAAGCCAGCAAGUGUAAUUAAUCCCAUGAAACUAAGCCUGCGCUCUGUGAAGACAGCCUCUGAAACCACAAGAGAGUCAUUCAUAGCGUCCGAGAAACUAAAGGAAAAACCCACAAAUUCUGCAAAUUCUGUUGCUGUCCUGUCACCAGCAGUUCUUGGCAAUACAAUACAGGUGACUCCAUCAGCACCAAAAGGAAAACUUCCUAUUUUGCCUUACUCAAGGAUGGAAAAUUCAGUGUUCUGUAAAUCUAAGCCGAAUACUAAUGUUACAGAUGUAUCUGGUCCUUCACUAAGACCUGAAUGUGAAAAGAUGCCAGCUUUGGCGAAAACUGUUCACGUUCCUACCAAAGCAUCUGAUAAGCGAUUUACUGUGUCAUUUACACAAGUCCCCAAACAAACCAUUCGAGAAAAUAUCUUCUCUCCAUCCAAUAAAGUGGAUGUCAACAGUCUUAAAAAAUUGAACAGUACAGCCUCUAAAAGAAGAGGCAAGAAAAGAAGAGCCCCAGAUGAUUUAUUGGCUUUUCAGACCAAGCGAAGGAAAUGCAUCAUUAAUAGAUUUAGAGAAGGAGGAGAGAGGGUGAAAGUUGAUCUUCAGCUACCUGAGGACAAAAAAGCAGAGACAGUGAAAAAAUACCGUAGUAUUAGACCAAAACCGGUGGUCGUUGUGCAGGCUUUUGCCCCACUGACUUCUGCAGCAAUAGUAGAAACACCAUCUCCUAGCCAUUUAGACAAAGAUAUUUUUUUAAAUAGUUCACUUUCCAACAAAUAUUUAAGUUACAAACAUAGUGAUGCUACAUCAGCUAAAUCAAGUGAUUUAAGUAGAAACGCAUGUUCAACCGUACCUAAGCCAUCACAUAAAUGUCAUGUUUGUAACCAUAUCUUCCAGUUUAAGCACCAUCUUCAAGACCAUAUGAACACACAUACAAACAAACGGCCUUACAGCUGCCGAAUUUGCCGGAAAGCGUAUAUUCAUUCUGGAAGCUUGAGCACACAUAUGAAACUUCAUCACAAUGAAGGCAAACCCAAAAAGCUUGUGUGCUGUGAGUUCUGUGCUAAAGUUUUUGGCCAUGCAAAAGUGUACUUUGGCCACCUAAGAGAAGUGCACAGGGUUGUUAUCAGCACGGAGCCCUCUACUAGCGAGCAGCAGCUGCAAGAUGCUUUAAAGAGGGAUGCUAAUACAAAAGAGGCAGAAGAAGCAAGAGAGAGGGGAAAUAAGUGCAAUUUAGAGGACCUAUUCCAUAACCCAGGAGAAGUGAAAUUACAGAUUAAAUGUGGUCGAUGCCAAUUUAUUGCACAGUCUUUUGGUGAAAUGAAGUUUCACUUACUGUGCUUUCAUGGAGAAGAGAUACAGGGAAGAGUAAAGGAAGGGGUUUUGCAAGGAAGCAGAGGAGCUAAAGGGGAACUGACCAAACAUGCAACCCACUGGAAACAGCGCAAUGAGAGAAGACAUUUAGCAAAGUGCAGUGCCCAUGAGGAGGAGUUUUAUACUUUUCCAAAACUGAAAAGACAGAUACACGUUCACCAUCAAAAUCAUGUCGAUAUGUUAUCUAAAGGUGAACUGACUCAGUCAGGAAGCAGUGAAGCAGCCAAGAAGGUGCAAAGUGUAGGUUUUGGUACACCAAGGAAAAAAAUAGAAAUUUGGUCUAAAGCGGGCUAUAACUGCAUUUUAUGCAAACACUUAUUUGGAAGAAAGGAGGAUCUUUGUAAUCAUUGGCAGAGUCACCAUAACUGUGAAGACCCUUCCACCUUAUGGACAAUUUUUAGUUUGUUAUCAAAACAAGGAAUUAUUGAACUUUCUAAUCACGGUGAAUAUUGAAGCUCAAUUCUACAAUGCUAUGAAAAACCUCAACUACCUUGCCAAAUUGUUUAUGUUUUUUUUGCUGUGUUGCGAAACU